AUGACAUCGGAUACAACAGAGAGCCCAACCUUCGAAGUAGGAGAUACUGGUCCAGGACAACCAAGAAUGACGAGUCGGUCCCUCCCACCAAGGACCUGGUCCAAUGAGAUGCAGUACAUUUCGAGAUUCCAAAUGUUGACCCUACCAUUUGGUCGGUUGCUUCAUUUAUCGUACACACAUUACUGUACUGGAGGUCAGAAGCUAUUCACUCUUUAUACUACCGAGAACUGUAGUUUAUGCGGAUACUUUAAAAAACGACUGGAUGCUUAUCAUAAACGAACGAAACCGGACUGGAACUAUGUGGAGAAGGAUUUGAGGACGGCGUCAGCAGAGAUUUUUGAGAAAUAUAAACAUGACGUACCUGUACUGGUUUUCAACGACAACAUACUAUUGAAACAUAAAUUUAGUGGCAAUCGUCUGGAGGAACGACUGUCAGAUAUCUUCCCGAAGUAA